AUGAUUGCCAUAGUCUAUUGGUUUAUAAAGAAAGUGCUCCUCGCUGCCUACACUAUUUCACAUAUCGAAUUUCUGUUGAAGGUCGAACGUGGAGGGACGCCGAUGACUUUGAACCAUUACUUAAACGAUAACCUCCAAAAAUGCCGACAAGAAAGAUUCAAAAAAGCGCUAGCACCAAAGAGCCUAAGUAAUUGUUCGCAUAGAGAGAUUAUUCGUAUCAGCGAUCUCUCAUACUAUGACAAUAUAAGUAAUGCCGAGCAUACUGUACAAGACCUUCAUGACAUUUUAUAG